AUAACGCUCACGCCAACUCAAGAAACUGCGCUUUAUCUACAGCUAGGGUUAAUGUUCUAAGUUUUGGUUUUGGUUUUGAAUUAUAUUCAUAGUUAUUAUCGGGUAAUGGACAAUUAUAUAUCAUUUGCAGUAUUCGGUUCGUUGUGGAGAAACAGGUUUAUAAAAUGAUAACCUUCAUUUUUUUGAUGCUCUCCAUCCUACAAUUGGGAGAGGCUGGAUCUCCAUGUCCUCCUGCACAAGAUAUCAACCCUUGGUUCUGUAUCAAUACUCCAACUUUUUCUCAGAGCUCUUUUACUACUGUUAUCUGUAACAGACCGGGGUGUAACAACAGUCUAGAAAGGGUUGAUGGCCUUAGAGGGCAACUGCUACUGGACAGGGUGGUCAUUUCUAAUGUUCAAAGAAGCAGUAAAGUGAAAGAUAAAAAUGAUGAUGGAAAGUUAAAACUUCCUCCUUACUGGCUGAAACAGUCUCGAGUCCGAGAGUUGGAGAUUCGAAACACUACUCUGUCAAACUGCUCUUUUUGUGACAAUCCUCUUGAUGGACAAGAGUUUUAUCUCAACAAACUUGUUAUAUCUAACUGCUUCCUUAGGGGUAAGAUAUGUGUUGAUUGUCCCACAAGACAAGAAAGAGUUCAGAUUGACAACUACAACUACAUCUACGUCAACGUAAAACUUGGUUUCGAAACACAGAACCUGAAACACCUUAAGAGCUUAGAAAAGCUAGAUCUAUCAUUUAAUAAAUUUGAAGAAAUCACAAACACAUCUUUUCCUUCUGAUCUGAUCAACCUAAAAAACUUGGUGUUAUGUCAUAACAAUAUCUCACUGAUAAAUACCAAAUCUUUUGCCAUAUUUCCUUCCCUGACUGUACUGGACCUGUCUUACAAUCAAUUGAAGAAUAUAAGUAGAGAUAUAUUCACUAUUCCAGACGGAAACUUGGAAAUUCUGAACUUGAGCUAUAACAGAAUAUCAGUGUUACCCAAAGACAUGUUCUUGUUCAUGAUGAAACUACGUGAAGUGGUUCUUGCUAACAAUUUCUUCCAGUCUUUACCUUAUAACACCUGGAACAAUGCUCUGAACGUUAUCGAGACGAUAGAUGUAGCUGGAAAUUUUAUCGUUUGUGAUUGUGGAAUUAAAUGGAUAGCAACGAAUUUAACGUCCAUAACGAAAUUAAACGGUUGGUGCAGCUCCCCCUGGAGCCUUGAAAACAAACCAUUAAGGCAGGCAGCUCGAAUCAUUAGCUGUUAAAGCACUAAUUUUACCAAUCAGCUGUACAACGUAGGGGUAACUUUAACUGUUUUCUUUCGAGAAUUUUGUUCUUAAAAAAUAAUAUAUUUGAAAGGAGAAAUGUAAUAUUUGAGUUUUAUUCUCUUGUACAACAAAAACAAAUAAACAGAUUCAGAAGUA